AUGGCCGACGUCGAGUACGACACCAUUCUUGGCAGAGCAAAGCAAGCCAAGGCUUAUUACUCUGCCUGGGCUGAACGCAUCGGAGAUCUUAAAUCAACCGACGAAACCUAUGAAGAGGCCGUGCAGAAACUGCGAGAUAAGAUCGAACAUGAAAGGGAAGGGAUUACCGUUGGCCGCGACAUCGAUGAGAUCAGGAGCGCCGUCGACCGCAUGCUGAAGUACAACACACAGCUUAAAGAGCUCGAGAUGACGCGCGAGUCGACUGCGGAUGGCAGGAGAAAGACUCAUAAGAGCCUCCUGGUGAAGGAACUUCGUGCUCUUCUCAAGGACUUGGCGGACAUUGUCCGCGGAUUGGCCUCGACUACGGACGUUCCCGAGAUUCCCGACCAGGGACCCUCGGGUACUGCGGAAUCUGGAGGUGCAAACGGAACUUCUGAGCCAAGGCGUGAGAGCAGGGCGGCUCCUGAUACAGAAACCCCCGACGGCCCCUCUCAACCUUCUCAACAAACCGCGGAUGCUCCGCCUGAGGAAUCAGCCUCACUCCCCCCUCCUGAUGGAGUCCCUUCCUCAGAGUCACAAACGAAUGCAAAUGACCCACCAUCGACAGAGGCAACGCACUCCUCGAACCGGAGAAGCGCCACCAGGCGUGCAGCGUCCGAUGCACGUGACAAGGCGCGGAAGGGCACAUUUUUACAUACCACACCCACGCGCCCUGUAAAGCGCCGCCGGGUGGAGACGAACUACCAAGAGAACGGGGACGAGGAGCAGGAUCCGCCCGAAGAAGGCUCGGGCCAACAACCCCCGAAGAAGAGACCGCCGAUCGAAUUCAAGGACGUCUACCAGGACGGCAAGGCCGAGUUCAGACACUUCAUCAUCGAGUAUCCGCCUAAUAGUAGCAAAUUCUACAUUUUCUACUGCGAGGAGCACGGGGUCCAUUUCACGACAAAUGCUCUUGUUGGCGCUGCUAAGCAUCUCAACGGCGAGCAGCACAAUAACCAGCGGAGAUCUCACGAGAAUGCUAUCAAGACGUUAGGCUACGAGGUGUUGAACUGCACUACUGCCUUGGCGGAGAUGAACAAUGCGGCUCUCACCGAAUCCAUCCAGAAUGGGACCUAUACGGUCUUCAAUCGAAACAAGCUACGACGCGCUGAAAAGGAAGCGUACGCUGCCUCGGGUGCUAAUGUCAUGCCGACGCCGCAAGGUUCGCUACGUGCUCGGAACAAUGCGACCGAGACCGGCAGCGUGCCAUCCCCAACUCCAGGAGCUUCGGAGCCUCCUCCCAAAACGCGGAAGCGGAAAAGCUUUGAUGGAGUCUCGGAACCUCUCGUCGGCGAGGUAUAUUUCGGAUGCUGGUCGAAGAACAGGUGGUUUGUAGUCCUUCUGCUGCCGCGAGGCGAGGCUUUCGGAGACCCUACUUUCGAAGAUCUCAACCUGCCUGGUGGACUUAUCAACACCGGCCUUCUGGGUGGCAAGAUCCCUCGCUGCUAUAAGUAUUCGCCCGGUGCUACGGAGCUUCUUGGCUGGUCUGAGGGCUUCGGCGAUGGCGGCCGCUCGGUGCUGGAAAGGCAGUUUCCCAUCAUAUUCUUCGACAACAAAGAGUUCCCGAACAAAUGCUCCGUUGGUUGGAUGUCUACCAAGCAGCUCAGGCCGUUUGACUUGGAUGAUGAUCUGGCUAGCAAUACUCCCCAGUUGGAUACUGUCCAGGAAUACCUCUCUACCCGAAAGCCGUUGAAUAUUCUGAAGAGGCAGGGUGGACGAGGGGAGCCUGGUGAAGAUGGCGGUGGAAAUCCGAGCGAAGACGAAGAGGAUGAAGUCGGUGAGGAAGAGCGAAUGGACACAGAUACGGGCGUUCGAGAGGGGGAUGAAAAAGGAGGUCAGGACCGACUGCACGUAGAGGGAGAUGGAAGCGCGGGCACAGGAAGUGGAGGACAAGGCGAAGCAAAAGAACAAGAGAGACAUGUAGGGCAAGAAGAUGGGCCUUCGGAACACCUUGAGGAUUUCUUUGGUGGAAGUAGAGACAAGGGAUCGCCCUUGAACAUCCCACUGCCAUCAGCAUCGUCACGUGCUAUCUUCCAAUAUUCUAUUGAUGAUGAUGAGGAGGAAGAGGAGGAGGGGGAGGACUUUGGCGAUGACGACUUUACAUUUACGACACAAAACCUCUCGUCUCCCUUGCAAAGUCCCAAAGGGCUGGCGAAGAACCAGCUGCAAGAUCCCGAGACCAUUGCUGGGCCCAGCGGCAACGCCCAGGAUACAUCCAACACUAGCGAUUAUGAGGAAAAGCCCAUUUCGAGUACGGUGCCUGGAGGAAAUACUUUCUCCGGCAAUUCGUCCUACACUGUUCCCCCAUCCGCGGUCGAAACGUUGAGACGCGAACAGGCCAAGAUUAUGCGCGAAGGGGGAGGCGUGCAAUCUCCGGCGCCUGAGAUCGCCUCGGGGCUUUCCGAGACAGCGUUCAGGGCGUUGCAUAUGGAUAACACGCCGGGAGCCUCUGGGUCGGCGCAAGCACAAACACGGGUUCCGGACGCAAGAACAACGCAACAGCCUGUGCAACAACGCGUCUCCCCUCCAACUGCGAACGUGGACCAGAACCAGAACAGAGCUCGAGCGCCCGGCAGCGGCAAGAGUCCUAGAGUUGAAACGCCUCCUCUUACUCACAUGCACGUUCCACCAACGCAACCUCCCCCGCGCACUCAGGAAACGUAUUCGGCCUCAAACCCGGCCGCCUCUUCACCGGUGAAAAUGCAGGCAACAACGGGAUCUCGCGCCGGCCGGCCAUCGCCUCAAGCUCCCCCCCAGCGGCCGGCUGAACACGUCUCUGAACAACAGCAGAGAUUUGCCAAUCCAGCCACAGGGGAACGGCCUUCAGACAGGACAGCUUCUUCUCCAAACGUUGGGCCACAUCCUUCUUUUCAGUUCCAACCGGUGCAGCAACCGCUUGGAUCAAACGGGCCCUGGUCGGGACCUCGGGCAGGUCCUUUAGCGGGAGCGGGGCCGACCGGUAAUGCAACUCUGCCGAACCUCAACCCUACUAGUCAUUCAGGUGGUGAAUGGCCUCAUUACAUGCCGCAUUCGAAUGCGUAUAAUUAUGGUGGACCACAUGGAUCGUGGAAGUAG